AUGGACUGCGCACUAUUUUUUUACAAUCUUUUAAUAUCCCGACGCACUUGAACGCCUCAUCUUCCGAACGAUGCAGCCAGCUGUCGGGAAGACGAGGAGCGCUCGUGCCGGAGCGCCGCCGCCGCGCAGCUUUUUCGCAUUAGUACGCAGCCGUCCAGCAUCCUCUUCUUCUUCCUCCUCCUCUUCCUCUUCUUCUUCUCCGUCGGCCUCUAAUCAAAACGUCGUCACGUGCAGCUGAAAAAGCACUUUUUAAACGCUCCGGCUCGGACGCGUUCGGGUAAAUUCCGCAGCCGACCGACGCGGAUCUGGAGCAGCACCUGGAGGCCGAGCAUGCGCGCGCGCGCGGAUCGGAGGACGUUUUGUUUUUAUAUUUAUAAAGCUUGUGAAUCAUAUUUAGCAUAUUUGGGCACCAACACGCAUUAAGAAGCUGACAUAAGCAAUGUUCCCAGGAUGGGGAAGUGACCAUUUAGCAGCUUUAACCUUUCCCAACUUCAUCUUACAGUGUAGUGGAUGCUGCUGACUCGGCCAUGGGGGAUGAGAGCAGCCUGUCUCUGCAGAUCGGCGGCGUGGAGAGGAGCGUGGUGUUCCUCCGCCAGGAGCAGCUCACGUUACUCCACGGCCUCCACCUGGAGAUCCUCUCCCUGCAGCAGCGAUGCUCGGAGUUGAAGAGUGAUCUAGAGGUGGAGCCUCUGGGAAAAAGCCAAAUAGAGUCCCAGGAGGAAGAGGAGGUCCUGGAGGACCGCUGUUGGGACUCUGAGAGCUACCUGGCCGAGCAGGAGUACUCCUUGGGGGAGCUUCGUCAGGAGCUGAGCCUCAAGGGCUCUCUGGUGGGAGCCCUGAGGGCCAACCUCAAGGAGAAGGAGCGCCACUUCCUGGAGGAGCUCAAACGCCGCAGCCACUGCUCCACCAUCCUCAACACGGAGCUGCAGAAACAAACGGAGGCGGCGGCGUACCUCUCCUUCCAGCUGCACGCCGCCCGCCAGAAGCUGCACCACCAGCGGAUGCAGCAGAGGCAGGGCCACUUCGCCCGAGCCCACAACAGUCAGGGGCCCCAGUACGGCGCCCUGCAGAACUCCUUUUCCCAACAGUCGCCGUCGGGAGCCUCCCCUUCCUCCUGCUCCUCCUCUCUCGCGGUGAAACCCAAGCGCAAGGGCGCCAGGGCGUCCUCCAGGGCGGAGCGCGGCCGCGAGUGCGUGCCCGUGGAGAUGGUGACGGGCCCCGAGGAGCCCACGGCGAUGCCGGACCCGGCGCUCUUCCUCCACCCUCGGAGGCACCGGGCUCGCUCCAGGCACGCCGUGCCGGAGCAGAGGCGGGCUCCGCCGGGCCUCGAUGAGGAGGAGGAUGAGGAAGGUGGAGAGGGGCCCGCGAAGGCCCAGGGCGAGCAGGCCAGGCUGGUGUCCUCGGCAGCAGCGCCCCCUGCUGGUCAGACGAAGGCAGAAUAGCGACGACUGCGACCCGCAGUGUGACCGUCGGACUGUCGCCAUGCACCUCUUACCGAAUUGAGACUGGUUUUAUCUAUUUAAUUAUAUUACACUUCAUCGCCGACACUUCUUUUAUACAUUACGGACUUUGAUAUAACCUUAAAUAAAUUUAACAUUUUCACUUUACGUCAGUCGGAAAUGAAGUUGGAUGAAUUGUCUGUUUACCCUCAAUAUGCUUCGGAGCAUUUAUUUCAAAGGUCUGAUCUAUUAAAAAUGAGCCUUUGGGUCUCGGACUGAUCCCCCCCCCCCCCCCCCCCCGAGAUAACUUCUGUUAUCAUUUGGCGGAACCAUUUUGGGUGGACCACCAGUCGAGGUGUCGCCCGACCAACUGUGAGCUUCAAAAGCCGGUCGUAAAUCAACCAUGUGACCAAACAGCUGAGGAUAUCUGAAGUGGUACGCACAUCUGUUUGAGGCCUCCUCUGACUUAUUGAACUCUGAAUACUACAACCAAUAAGAAACAAUAACCUCCAUUGUCGUAUGGUUUAUCGGAAUUUUUAAUUUGCUGCUUUCCUUUACAGUAAAUACUGGCCAGGUGGCCUUUUUAAAAUCACUUAUUUGGACUCGUAACUUCAGGAAAUACUAGUUUCUGAUGUGUGAAACUAUAUCUAGUAACUACACUUUUAUUGGGGCGCAACUAUUUCAUGAAAAUGUAUCAAAAUAUUCAAAUAUGGGCGACGAAUCACAGAAAUAUAGGAGGAAUAUUUGUUUAAGGCGACAUUUUUUCACGUCAAAAUACCAUUUAGGUUAAAUCGUGUGCUGCUGCAGAGACGGGUUGAAUUCUACAGACUUUAGGAAAACAUAAAAAUAUGAAACUACAACCAUUUAAAAAUGUUUCUUUAUUAAAAAUUGUAAUAACGGUUUCGAAACGAUCACUCCGGCUAAUAUUUCAACGGCAAUAUCAAAGUGAUUGCAAUUUAUAAAUAACUAAUAUUAUGAGAUUAUUAAAAAAUAUUAAUGAAUUUUUGAACACAGUCACAGCCUGUCUGUUCACUAGGAGACACACACUCCUUCCUAUAAACGGCUGAUAACAAGUCACUGAACCCAGUGUUUCACUAAGGUGUGCUUUGUGUACUAAACACACACACACACACGCGAUCACUACGUCAACCGGCUCGUGUUGGAGGUUGUUGUGUUUUCAGUCACGGCAGGAAAAACAACACGAUUGGAGUUUUUUGUGUGUUUUCAACUGAUUUGGUUGCAUUUUGUUUACAUUUCACACAAAUUCCACCACAACGUUGGUUGUGUGUGUGUGUGUGUGUGUCAUCAAAACAUGCACAUAGUGGCCCCUAGCGUUGCGAGGAGCAAGUAGCAACUUGGCGAGGGGGGGGGAGGAGCAGUUUAAAAGAUUUAAAGUAGAUUUUAAUGCUGUAAUUACUGCCUUAUGAAACAUGAGGAGCUGUGUGUGUGUGUGUGUGAGAUGAAAUGCAGAUUGUGCACAGGACAAAGUGUGGAAAGACAAAAAUACUCAAGUAUUGUGUGCUUUUUGUUUCAGAAUCCCUUUUGUAAGAGACUGUUUUAGGAUGUGAUCCUAAAGGUUUCCUGGAUGUGAUGCGGCGCCUCGAGUGAUUUAGGAUUCAGAUGAUUUCCACGUCAACGAACGGAGCUUCAGUGUCUUUCGAAAGCCUUCCUGUAAGACUUCAUUGUGAUUGGUCGCUGUGAGGUUUUUUUCCCGCCUUCUGCAGCCGCUGACUAGAAGUUUUAGCGUUGUAUUUUAACAGUAUAUCCUGAAUAAAGCAAUAUAUCAAUAUAUUUAUAUAUAAUAAUAAUAAUAAUAAUAGGUGACGGACGAUUUACGGACUCUUCAACAAAUUAUUUUAGGAUUGUUUAUCUUUGUAUUUUGUAAUUAUUGAGCUCUGUAUGUGUUUUGCUUAAUAUUUUUUAACUGAAUUGUUUCUGUUAAUUUAAUUUGUUACGUUACAGUUUAAAAGGAGGCGUGUCCAAAUGAUGCUGCACGCGAAGCAGCAUUUAGCAGACAGGCAUAUUAUCAUAUAAACCAACUAAACCCGUCAUAAAUGCAAAUUGUAUUCACCUCUAAGCUGGUAAACCAUUAUCCCGUCUGUGCACUGCUCUCCCUCGAGUUUUACCAGACGGCCGGGGAUGAAAGUAAAAAAAAAAACGUCAGGUUGAAAAGUUUAAUUCCUCCUGCAGGAAUCCUAAAAAGACUGUUUAAGACUUCAUCGCUUUCCAUUUGACGAAUGAUUAAAACUCGAGUUAACAUCGCAGCUCACGUUCUAUCUAUGCGUUGGUGUUGUGUCACGAAACACUCGCUGUAAAGAGUCGGUUGACUUGUUUAUUAUCUGCUUUCAGAGAGAAAAUGCUACUGAGCCAAAGAGGCCCACCACUACAUGAACACAGAUUAGUGGGGUGCCUUUUUUAAAGAUGUCUUUUCAUGAAUAAUUCAGUGAGUACAUCUUUUACCACUUGGUUAGUUUUUAUUUUCUCCACUCAAAAUCAUAUCACAACAUAAUAAGGCAGUAGAUUAUUAACUCACACCCACAGAGAAUGUCUUCCAUCUUUAUAGACGACUUUUAUAAUAACCUUAAUCCUCGUAUUAAUGAUGAAAAGCAACAGCUUCUCGUCCACAGGUCAAAUCCGUUUAUUUUGCAUCUUUGAGGACAAUGUAUGUGUAUAUAUGUUUAUGAAGCGUUUAUUUUAUUUUGACAUGUUUCGUGGUCUCUAGCAAUAACCAACGUGGAGAUGUUGCGUAUAGCUGUUGACUGAUUACCGCAUAAACUGUUAGCUUCCUCUCGUGAUCGACUGUACACACAAUUUGAAUAAAAUGAAGGAUUGUA